CCCCCAACCAACCCGGUCCCGAAAGGCCUGGCAAGUAACUGGCCGGCUCAAUAGUUUCACCGGCAAUCACAAAUCUUGGCGUCGAGAAAUUUAUCAAGAGGUGCCAUUGCGGAACAUUGAUAGCGACCACCAGCAUGGGAGUCGCGAAGAGGACGCGCAAGUUUGCGCAGAUGAAACGCGUAAUUGGCCAACGAGAUGCAAGACUACAGAAGAACCAGCUCAAGGGCGAAGUAGAAGCACAAAAGAAAGCCGCCACCGAUGAACCUGUCCGAGAAAUUCCACAAGUCUCCUCCUCCCUCUUCUUCCAAGCCAACACCGCCCUCGUCCCUCCCUACUCCGUCCUUAUUGACACCAACUUCCUCUCGCAUACCGUGCGCGCCAAACUCGACCUCCAAACCGCGCUAAUGGACUGCCUCUACGCGAAGUGCACGCCCAUCAUCACUUCAUGCGUCAUGGCGGAACUCGAGAAACUCGGCCCCAAAUACCGUAUCGCGCUCCGCAUCGCCCGUGACGAGCGCUGGGAGCGGCUGAAGUGUGAUCACAACGGGACUUAUGCAGAUGAUUGUUUGGUUGAUCGCGUGCUCAAACAUAGAGUUUAUUUGGUCGGGACGAAUGAUCGCGAUUUGAAGAGGCGGAUAAGGAAGAUUCCUGGUGUGCCCAUUUUGAGUGUGGCGAGGGGAAGGUAUAUUAUUGAGAGGUUGCCUGAUGCUCCUGAUAGCAGGUGAUUGGGAUAGGGUGGGAAAGGAGGCGGUCUGCGUUUCUGCAUGCACAGCGAGGCGUUUUGGUCAUAUGGAUGGGAUUGGGGAGGUUGAAUCACCUCAAAUUUAUUCGUCAUGUGCCAGAAAUGCAAGGAGGAACAAGAUAAUGUAUGUCUAGCGAUGUCUUUCGACAUUUUCCUCAGGUCAAGUAUCACGUUAUUCGAAACACGUGAGGCGUGAAACAUUCAAAAUCUCCAUCUUAAGUCUGUUGCUAAGUCUAAAUGCGUACGGUUAAUAGACAAAUCCGAACUC